GCCCGGCUCGCCGUCCGGGACGUGGUCAGAUGAGCUUCGGUGGCUUCGGUGCGAGUUGAUACCGGGAGGGGUUUUUUUUUCGAACCACUCAAAAGCCUGCAAAGAUGAAUCGUGUAAUUUUAGUGAGUUUUGUGAUCGUGUGCGUGUGUGGUUACAUAUCGUCCGUCGAUGGGAUGCCUGCACGGAGGAAGCAUAACUCUUCGGAAGAGUCGAGUGAGGUGGAGCCCAUGAGCAGGGAGCGAGGGAUGGGCAGAAAAGGUCCCGGAAACCGUUGGAAAGGACACUCGUCCGAGGAACGUGGCGAGAUGAAGAUGAGACGACCGCGUCCACCUCCACGGCGAAGGAAGAAUAAGGAUAGGAAUAGGAACAGGAAUCAGAUGUCUUCGACGACGGCCAGUGCUAGUACCUCUAGUACCACGGCUUUACCUAUGAGCUCUACAACGCGGGUGACUUCGUCUACAACUCCAGUGACAGCUAGUUCGACCACUCCAGCAGCUUCGUCAUCUACUACACCGACCACAAGUUCCACCACACCAGUGACUUCGACUACUACUCUUGCAACUUCCAGUUCGACCACUUCAGGGACAUCGUCAUCCACUACACCAACUUCUAGUUCCACCACCCCAGUGACAUCCACUGCAGCUCCUGCAACUGCUAGUUCUACCACACCAGGAACAUCGUCAUCCUCUACCCCAGUGACAUCGACCACUAGUCCACCAACUUUUAGUUCUACCACUACCUCAGCCACCAGUUCGACAACUUCGAGUUCUUCCUCCUCAACGACCUCGAGGUUCUCCUCUACCACAUCGGUGGCUUAUAAACAACAACACAGCCAACGAAACAACGCACGACGCAGUGAACGAAAAAGGAAUUUCGGAAACGAUUUGCAAGCCGCCUCGAUGGCCACAAACAGUCCGCUAAGCGUGGUCCAGUCGGGCACGGCAUCGGGCCAGAAGGGCAAACAGAGCGGAAAUGGUACGCCCGCCAUAUCGAGCGACAUCAUGGACGAUCUGGCCAGCCGGUUCAUCAUCAACGUGCCGGAGGAGGAGCGCAAAAACUUGAUCCGCAUCUGCUUCCAGAUGGAGCUGGCGCAUUGGUUCUAUUUGGACUUUUACUGCGCAGAAGGCAAGCACAAGUGUGGCAUCAAGCAGUUUGCGCAGCAGAUGUUUAAGCACGUACCGUUCCUGCAACCGCACUGGCCAAACGUGGACGGUGUGCUGGAAGACUGGAAGCAGUACAAGCUGACCGUACCGACGUACGGGGCGAUACUGCUGUCGGAGGACCUGAAGCACGUGCUGCUGGUACAAUCGUUCUGGGCCAAAUCAUCGUGGGGCUUCCCGAAGGGCAAGAUUAACGAAAACGAGGAGCCGGUCAAUUGCGCCAUACGCGAGGUGUACGAAGAGACGGGUUACGACAUACGGAAGCUAAUCCGACCGACCGAGUACAUCGACGUGAUCAUUAACUAUCAAUUCACCCGGCUGUACCUGGUGCCGGGUGUACCGCUGACCACCGUGUUUGUGCCCAAAACGCGCAACGAAAUCAAAUGCUGCGAAUGGUUUCCGGUGGAAGUGUUGCCGGUGACGAAGCACGACAACAUCGUCAAGGACAAUCACAGCCUGUCGGGCAACUCGUUCUUCAUGAUACUGCCGUUCGUGAAGCGGUUGAAGAAGUGGCUCGAAUCGUACCACUCCGGGAAGGGUGCCGGUAAGGGAGCGAUCGGCAAGGGCACGACGAUGCAUCAGGCAAGUAACUCACCCAUUUUUGGACGUGAUUCGGCAAGCAAACAGCAGCAGCAGCAGCAGCAGCUCCAGGGACAGAGGCAGCAGCAGCGUCAGCGACACAAAUCGAUGGGAGAGUUGGAGCCUCCGAUUCAGAUACUGCAAAGAGGCAAGGGCAACGUUGCGGGCACACCGAACAUUCACCAGCAGUCGGUCACAGCACACAGCAGCGCCAACCGUUCUCAGCAACAGCAGCAGCAAAAGCAAAUGGCACGCGAAGACCCCAACCGAUCGCAACGGGCGGCCAGUGUGGCGAAUGAAAGCUACAAUGAAUUUCGGUUUGGCAUUGGUGAUGGGUCGUCCGCGUCGAGCAAAACCUUACCGAUGGCUGGCGCAAGCCACAAGCACGAGACCAAAAGAGGACCUUCACAUGUGGCGGCCGCCACGAACGGUGGCCGGGUGGAACGAACAGCCAACAGCCAUACGAAGCGGAAACUGUUUGCCAACGAGCCGAACCAUCCAACCAACCAAGCAGCAGCAGGAAACGUUGAACGGGCGGCGUCAGGCGACGAAACGGAGGAUGAAUUUUUGGAUCGGAUAGUUAAGGAAGCUCGUACUAACCUGUUCAAAUCAGGUGUCAGGCAGUGGACCGAGUUUUCAUUAGACUGGGGACCGUUUCUCAAUCCCGAAAUGUUCCGACGGAUGAGAAUCGGCGAAUGAAACACCUGGGAGCGGGUGUUGUACUGAGUAGGGUUAACUACGCAACUAUGCACAACAGUUACUUAUACGGUUUUGCAUCAUUGUGUGCGUGCCUAAUGAGCUAUGAAUAAAGGAACAAUGGCCUCGACGACCAUGGCUGCGGUCCUACUUGAAUGUGCAUUAAAGUAGCCUAUGACCCACGCCCGCCAUGGUAACGUCGAACGGCCGAAGAGCGAAAAAGCACGUCACGAAUUAAUUUACGCGUUUACGAUGCUUUCUGGAGAUUUUAUUAAUUUCGUUUCUGUAUUUUUAAGGAGGAUAUAGUUAAAAACUUGUUGUAGCCCACGUUACACAAUAUUACUUUCGUGUUUGUUUGUUUUUUUUUUUUUUAAUGUUUCAUUGCAUUCACUUUUUUGCUUUUCCGCUCGUAUUAAAGCGAUUUAGGCGAGAAAUUAAUACUAUCGCUCUUUACAUCCUUCUUCCGUCUCCCACGAUCUUUUAUCUCGUGCCCUGUCCCGCCUGCUAGUCUACCUUUUGUGUGAGAGCGAGAGUGUGUAUCUGAUUCGGUGUGUGUGUUUUUUUGUGUUUUGUCGGAAUCCCUUCUCUUUUAGCUAUAGAAACCCGUGUAAGUCCCGUUCCCGUUGUAGCAUAAUAUAAUUUAAAAAUUGUAUGUUGCCUCAUUUGUUUUCUUAAAUCUUUUUUACCUUUUCGCCCGCAUUCCCUUUUAAAUAUGUACAAGUCGCCAAAUGUGAAUAUACUACCACUAACGCACUACUUGCCGGGACAGUAGCAGGAAACAAGAUGGCGGACCGCAAAACAGCACAACGGCCCCGAAUGUCAGUGCCCUCGAAGCGUGUGUUUGCAUCUUGGUAAGUGUGUGUGUGUGUGUGUGUGUGUUUUUUUUUUUAUAUCUAAAUGUGUCAUUAGAACGGUCUAAAAUCGGGUCGGGUGUAGUUGUGUUCGGCUAUUCGCAACACCUACUGCUUAUUGCCCAAAUUCCCUUACUCGCCCUUCGUCGGCCCAACCGCCCCAAAAGGCCAAGCUAGAAAUCGGGGCCGUUUUCCUUCGCCAAAGAACUACCGACCGUGGACGCGUUGUCUUUUAGGCUUUGGGUGAUGGAAAAAUUUGCCAUUAUCAUUAUCGCACCUUACCGACCUACAGUUUUGCCCUAAUCAGUAAAGCUUUAUACUUCCUUUCUACACAUGCUUAACCGAGUUGAUGAUUGUACGCUUCUGAGAAAGUGUGUGUGUGUGUGCGUAAAAGAGCAAACCAGAGGCUUCUUUAUGCACCUUUAAGUAGAUAGGAUGUGUGUUUGUGUGUGUUUGUGUGUGUUUGCUUGUUUGUUUUCCUCAUCUCGUUGCUUUCUCUUGUGUCCUCGCUUAACUACUGCUAGUUACUAGUUGACUAGUUGUGUUUUCUGUUUGUAUUAUAAUAUGUGAAAAAUGAUUUAAUACGAUACGGGAUUUUUUUUCUUAACUCGUUCUAUUUUUUUUUUAAUCUAGUAGGAACGGGAUAGGGGGGAAAAUAAGACAAGAAAAAAGUUCUUAAAGUGAUGAAAAAGAAGUUUAAAAUAUAAAAUCAAUUUAGUAAAGAAGCUAGAAGAAGAAGAAAAAAGAAAAAGGAAAGGAUAAAAUAAAAACAUAAUCUUCCGUUGCGAAUAACAUAAACAGAAAGAAAAGGUUGAGAUGAAACACUGCCACUACGUUCCCGAUAGUGAUUGCAUUGCAUUGCUGUACAACUUUUCUUAUGUACUUACUAUAUCACUUGAUAAAUGAACGCCGUUUACUGUAUCGCCGCGUGUGUGUUGUUUUCUUCUCUUCAUUUUCUUCCCUUUCUUCUACUAAAGCUUUUCCAGUAAAGAGUUUCGCAUGGAUCAUUUUUCUCCGCUUUCCGAUAGAUAGGCCCCUACGGUAUAAGUGUAGAUUGUUGUUGAUGUUUUUGUUUGUUGUUUGGUUUUCCUAUUGUAGAGUUUGUGUGUGUUAAGUUUAGUGUAGUUCAGGAUUGUGGCAGGAAUCCUGGAGUCAAAAUGAUUUAUUUUAGUUCCUUAAAAUUUGGGAACUCAAGUCGUAAAAAAUGAAGUUCAGUUCGAAUCCUGAACGGUCGCGCCACAUACGAGUUAAAAUUGAGACCUCCAUGGUAGAACCAGACAAACCAGAUAGAGUUUGUAGUGUCAAAGACGAACAGGCAUUCGCCGAGGCAAGAAAAUCGUCAAGGAUUUAGUCAAGUUUUUACGAGAUGGUUCGUUUAGACAACGAAGUUGGGAAAUGAAGUUCCAAGGAUCCCGAGUCCUAGAGCCUGUAAGGCGAAUGAGGUCUCGUGAGGUUUCGAAACAUGAUUCGUUCGAAGAAAUUGCCUGAUAUAAAAAUUCUGCUCUCAGACGAAUUAACCAAAAAAAAAAAAAAAAAAACUCCAGGAGAUGUUCCCAAGACUGACAAUACGGCACCAGUCCGUCAUACUUUAUAAAUAAAUAAAUAAGAUGUUCCCAAGAAGGGUAACAAGAACGGUUUGGUUUUGAGUAAUUGAUUUUAAGAUGAAUAUCGAACUGGCUGGUCGUCCUGGCUGAAUGUCAACAUCUUAUAAGUUCAUCACGUUGGUGUGGACCAGGUUAGAGUAGUGGCGAAUCCUAAUAAAAGCAAUCUUAACAGAUGCUUGGAGCCCUGAGUUUUCAAGAGAUACCCUGCACAUAUCGAUAGAGGCGUCCUCUUCUUACAAGCUGCCUACAGGGUCCUGGAAGUCGGGUAUGAUAUCUCCGCUUGGGCUCUGACCAUGACCCCGAUAGUCGGUUCGAAGUGUUUGGGGUCUCCGACUUUCAUUCUGCUGGGAGUCUCAAAGGGGUUUUUCCGCCGAUGGACCAGUGUCGGAUCAAUCUUGGAGCGGAAGGAGCGGCCGCUCGGGGCCUUGUCGGUUAGGGGAGGCUCAUUAGCGUAGGAAAUCCUGUUGUAUCCGUCUAAUAUCAGUAUUAGGGGAGCCUCAACUUCCGUUCUGCUCAGGGUCUCCAACUAUCUUUACCCAUCACUGCAUCGGACUUGUAUAAUCGGAUGGCUUUGGAUGGAAAAAUAUGACAUUUUGGCUUAAAGAUUUAUGGACCUCUUCAAGCCAAAUGAAGUUAAAUCAAUUGAAGUAUUUAAGUUAAAAUUGAGGAGCCUGCCACUUCCCGUAGUCGUUUUACGUGCUGUGUGUAUGUGACUGUUUUGAAGACAUGCGCUUAGUGUAUCCAUGUGUGUGUGUUGCAUUUUGUAGUAAGUAAUUGUGUUCCUUCCAAAAAUUCUUCUUCCUUUCUCUCUCUCUCUCUCUCUCUCUCUCUCUGUCACUACUAGCUACAAGUUGAACUAACUUCACCAUCUACCAAAUUGUAACGAAUGCUGUUUGUUGUUUUUUUCUUUUAUUUUGUUUUACAAUCCUUUUUUUAGAACGGGAGAUUAAUGUUGUUGUGUUUUUUUUCGCUUCGUACCAUUUUUCAAUUAGUAACAAGUGGUUCAUUAAAUAUUCCAAUGUUUUAACAAUAUUUAAAAAUGUUUUAGCUUUAGCUUUCUGAUUUUCGUAACUGAUUGAUAUAGUAGGGGCUCUCUCUUUUGUUUGUAUUUCCUUUCUUACUUGUGUAUAAUAAAUCGGGGGAUUUUCUAUAGGUUUCCGUACAGAUACUGUAGAUGCGUUUGAAACAAGUUCGGGUAAAUAUUUCAGACUGAGCGGAGCUGUAGUUUGUUGCAGCUUUGUAGAGCUUUUGGUUCAUCCGCUUCCGUGUAGCUCGAUAGAUUAAGAGAAACCGUGGGUUUUUUAUUUUUGUGUGAGUCUGUCGGUGUGUUAAUUCUACCAAGAGUGUGAGCUAGUAAUUCGAUCCUUCAACGCGCUGCACUAAAGAUAUGUUAAUUCUAUGCUUUGUGGUACUGCAGAACGUUUUAUUGCACACUUCGAGUGAUAAUGUUUGCUGGGCUGGAUAGAGCAGGUAAAGAGUGGAGUUGGUUCAUUUUUAAAAUGGUAGUUGUAUCCUAUUUUUUUAAGGAGAAUGUUGUGGUCCUUGUGCUUAAAGCCAUUGGGUAGGUUUCAGGUUUCUGGUUACGGGUAAGGGUUCGGUAGAGUGUAUGGAAAAGAUGUCCGAUUGUUGUAACUACACAGGUUACAGGGGUAGGUUACAAUAGAGU